GUCCUGCAAAGCCAUCAUUAAAAAUAAAUCUUCAGUCUUCUUCCCAAAAGCAUAUUGAUAUUGAAAAUAUUACAAAUCAAGAUAACAUAAUUAAAAGUAAUACCCAGGAUUCUAGUACUUUGAAUAAUAUGA